GGAACCGUUGCAGUUAAUAGCAUAUAUUUCUUCAGUCUCCUCACGAUGCUUUGUUGCAAACUUAACUGCGAACCCUUUGAGAUGGUCUGAGAAUACACCUGCUUUGGAUUGUGACAGCAGCUUCACCUCUUCCCGAGCUUGUAUCCUUUGCAGCACUUCUGCCUGUCUCUGUUAAGUAUUCAGUCUCCAAGUAUAUCUAUGAAUUAUGCAUAAACGUCAUUUGUAUCCAAAACCUUUGACAGCUUCUGAAUGAAUUGGUAGCAUGUCUCUGUUAUAGGUCUAAUUUGGCUUUAUAAAUAACUAUAUAUUGAAACUCUAGGUUUGGAACAGGAUGAUUGCCAUCUGCUUGUUUAGCUUCAACAAUACUUUUAAUAGUUGCUGCGUUCUGAAGUCUGCUGAGAUUUGUUAGUUAUAUAAACAUGUAAGCAUGUAAUUACUGCUCAUUUAAAACUCAACGUUGUGCCAACUCCUGAAACAACUUGCACUGAAUUGAAAUGGCCCAUUGGACUGAAUUAUUAUGUACCUUUGACUAAAUUUACCUGGGAAAGCAAAUUCUGACUAUUGUUAGUGUUAGUAACAAGCAACAUACAUUUUUAUACUUCUGAGAAAAAGAGUUCUUUAGUGUUCCUAUUCUUUCUCCACACCCCACGAAAAAAACCCACGGCUUUUCUGGAAUUUGUUUGUCCUGUUAAAAGGAGGUUGGAUGGGUUGUGGUCUAGACCGAAUGAUCAGGUUAAAAUAUUCAUAUAAAAUGUCAAAAGGAUGUUCUCCCUGAAUGCUAGAGUUCACACUUAAGAGUUCUGUGCCAAGUCACUUUCAAUCCUACACCUAAUUGUCUGUUUUAAGUGAACUAUCUCACGUAAAAAAGAGAACCGGAGAAAUAUAUCUAAUGAGCUCUUUGUAGAUUUAGACUGGGUUGUAUGGAAUAGAAAAAGCUGCUUUUCAAUUUAACUCCCAUAUUCAACAGCAAAAGGGGAAGACCAUAUUUAUCAUUGUUUGUGCCUUAUUUUUAUUCAUAUGUUGUUCAGAUGAUUUCACUCAAUGAUUGAAGUGUUCUCACUUGGAGAUUUUGUACAUCAUACGCACCCGUGAUUUAGAUACCGAGCACUACAUUUGAUAUUUUGGUUUUGUAGCCAUCGAUAGCGCCAGUUUGUUGUCAAUGUUAUUGCUGGUAACCGAGGAAUUAUUGGUCAAAUGCAAAAUCUGCCAAACUCUCUGUCCGGAUCCACCUUUGCUUCCACGGACGUGAAUUUGAUGUUGUGGACUAUAAUUCAUUACCAUCCUAGCUGUGAUUGGCAUGCUUGGAGGACUAUUCUACUGAUCAGAUAAUGUUGUUAUUACCUUAUUGUAGGAAUAGCCAUUUACCAAUUUUUUUUAAAGAGCGUUUUGUAAGAUUAUGCCAGACCCCACUAUGUGGGAAUACACUCGGUAUGUUGUUGUUUUGUAAGAUUAUGAUGUGAGAUGCUCAGCUUUGUUGACUUCCUUGGUCAUUAUUCAGUCCGCAUCAUUGACAUAUGUACUAUCUUUGGUGGUCCAUUGGUUAGCAACGGUUUCCCUUCCCUGACGUAACAAAAGAGGCUAAAAGGCCAUUUUACUUUGUACACAUUCAACUUUAGUAUCCAUCAAGAUCAGAACCGUAAACUCUUUAGACGCUCAAGUCCAUGAUUUUGAUACCUGUUGCGGAAGAACUAAAAUAUCAAAAUUAGGAUGUAUUUUGGAUUCAUAAAGCAUGUGCUAUAGUGUAGUUGUUUAACUGAUUCUUUCUGGAAAGUACACCAGUAGCUACUAGCUACCUUGACUAUCUAUUUAAGGAUAUGCAUAUCCUUCUAAUAACACUUCUAUUUCACUUUAGAGUACUAUCAUUUGAUUGUGGAGAUGUUGAGUAAUGAAACAGUUACCAAUCAUAUAGAACUCUUUAAAUGCAAGACAUAAGUAAUCUAAACAAAACAGUACAUAACGAAAAUUUUGAUCUUUGAAUAGCAUGCUCAGCUGAAGCACGUAGUCAGCGUGUUUCUUCCUCUCUUAAUCUGGAUCAUACUUCUCAACAUAAGAUGUUUUAGGUGUGUUUUCUUCAUCUGUUAUUAUUGCUUUGGAUCAAGACAGGUUGACAGCUUACUUUGUGCUCGUGGUGGUUCAUUUGAGCACGAGGCUACUAGAAGGAUGCGUAAUGAGUUUAUGGCUGCAUGGGAUGUCUUGAGAUCAACUUAUACUUACGAAAUGGUAGUAUAAUAACAUUGACGAGUCUCUUAACCUUCAGAAAAUGUACCAACAGAUUCUCGAUAGUAUUAUCAGUAUGAAUUUCGUGUUUCCAAAGCUUUUCAUUCUGUUUUCCUGCUUGAAGCAUGUCCUCCCUGCUGAUUUUUGCUUAUCCUACAAAAUUAGCUACAGUUUGCAUUAGUUUCGCAUGGAAAGGUAUAUUUAUGAGAAGCCAGACGUUCCAAAAGCCUCUCGAGAAAUUGCUGCAGAAGUCCACUCAGAGCUUGCAGAUUUACAGAAUGAUGAAGACUGCGAUGCUGCUGUUCAGUUGUUGGUUAAAGCUGGUUAUCCUGGUGCCCAGUCUUUAUCGGAAAAUGAUUGGUAUCGCUUGCAUCGCAGGCUUGAUAUUGUCAAGGUAUUGUUAAAAAAGCGCGAAUCUGUUUUUCUUGUCAGCUAUUGUUGUGCUUUUAGAGAGAAUUUCUAUUGGUUUUAUCAGAGCUCCUUGUGGUUAUGAAACAGUUGAUACUGGAUUGCACUCCGAGUUAUGACGAAGUGGUCAAUGAAGUGUGUUGAGUACCAUGAGGUUUCAGGUUCAAAUCCCAACGAAAACUAAAAUGCUGGGUGAUUUCUUUCCAUAUUUUCUAGCUUCAAUGGAUAGAAUUACCUCAUAUUUAUUUCUGGUAGGAGUUGACCAGUAUUCAGUAAAAUUAGUCGGAGUGCGCGCAAGCUGGCUAGAACAUCACUAUUACCACCACCAUCACCACCACCAACAUACCCAAUAUAUUCUGCCGACAAACUGCAGCAGAGUGAAGUAAAGGAUUUGGAAUAUGAUUUUCUUUGUUAUUUCCCUUCCACCAAUAGGCUGAACCUCUAUAGAGCAAUUGAUUUUCGGUGUUAAAAUAUGCUCCUAGGUAAAACAUUAAUAAUCUUCCAGAUGAUUAAUUUGCUUUGUUUUAAAUUUUUUGAAGGUCUUAGAACUCUUAAUCACAGUGUUACUUCUUGAAUUAAUUUACCUGUAAAAUUUAUCAUCCCAAAGUAUGUUGCAUGAUGAUUUGUUUUUCCUUGUCAAUGCACAAGCAUUCUAGGAAAAACAUUUUUUUCUUCCUUGAGAUUUUUUCUCUUAUCAAUGAUACCUAAGGCUAAUUAUAUGCUUCUCUUUCUUCCUUACUGCCUUCUUCUUUUCAUAACAUCUUGGUAGGAUUGGAUGAAGUAAUUUGAUCCUUUCUUUAUCUGUCUUCAUAGACUUGAAAGGGUAGAAACAUCAUAUUCAAGUUAAACUUUGUGGUUUCAUCUUUCUUAUAAAACCCCCUUAAAUGUACUCUGCUGCUUCUAUCUGGUAUAAGCCAUACAUGAGAGGAUUUUUUACAAGUUGACGUCAAGAGACUUAAGUAGGUUCGUUGCGAUGGACUAUAUCUCUAUAUUUUACAAUAGGCUCCCUCUAAAACAUAUUAUGGAUUUUUUCACAUUUUAGCCGGUAUCUGUAUUAUUCAACUGAUUCCCAGUAUGCUGUGAUAUGGCCUCCCAUGUGUACCAAAAUUAAUUUAUUUCCUUUUAUUGUUGUCACUAUCUGGAGGGCAUACCAUUGUUCACUUAAUUACUGGUUGACUUUACAUUAUUAGAGAGGAGAUGGCUAAGAUCUAUCAAAUUGCAAGUGUACUAUAUAAUGUGCUAAUGGGCUGAGGACAGUGGUACCCUCUUCAAAAGUAGAUAGUGAGAUUUGUGUUCUCUUGUGUAGUCCUUGGAAAGUGAGAUUGGUGUUCGUGUAGUACUUGCAAUUUUCCAGUAUGUAUACGUCUUCUGGGAACUUUAACCACUACUGUCUUCGUUUUCACAGUAAUAUUGUGAAAACAUACAUUUGGGGUCUUAUGAUAUGUUCAUGAUAGUGAUAUUGUGGUA